CUCCGGAGAGAAAUGCGCGCCUUGGAGCCAUGGAUCUGCCGUGCUCCGCUCCCGGGGAAGGGGGCCGCGGGCUGGCCGGACCCUCCUUCCCGGCCCUGGAGCAGCAGUGGGUGCAGGCGCUGCGGGGCUUCGGAAUCAGCGGGAGCGACGAGGAAGUGGCGGACGCCGCGCUGCGGUGCUUGAUGCGCGCCUUGGAGUGCGGGAGCCGAAAGGACCUGUUGCAAUUGCAUGGCUACAGCCUUAUUUCUGUCUCUGACCUCCAGUCUCAACAGCGGGUGCCUUGCUGCAGUCAUCUAACUUGGAGCUCUGAUGAAUUCAGGGAAUGGGUUCGCCAAGGUGAAGGCGUCUUGCCUAACCAGAGAAGGUUGCAACGGACAUACUUAAUACUCAUGGGCUACUUGACUGAUGAAAGACUUGGGGGGAAAGAGAAGUUGGUGGAUGGUAGUUUGUAUGUGCGAGACAACACUGGCGAGCUGCUCUGCACGCUCCUGCAUUUUAAGCUUGAGUGGCUAGGGUGUCUGUUGCUGUUUCCCAGCUGGAUAUACAUCCCCAAAGCAGGCCAGAACACAGCUGGAUAUUUGGAGAUCAUGCAAGACCCAAUCCAAGUGAUGCCUGGUCCAGAGAAAACUCUUGAUAUCCUCCCUGUUUUCUACCCAGGACAAGCUGCCCAGCUGCUCAGUGCCAGGUAGAGGUUCAGUGUUGCCUGCCAAAUACUUCCAGUAGCCAUGAUUGUUAGACCGAUUGUUGUCUUCCACCAAAGGAGCAAGCUGUCUGAGAAAAUAAAUACAGUCGUACUUUGGAUCCUGAACGCCUUGGUACUCUGAUGUUUUGGCUCCCGAAUGCCGCAAACCCGGAAGUUAUUGUUCCGGUUUGUGAACUAUUUUUGAAAGCCGAAUGUCCGACAGAGCUUCCUGCAGCCAAUCAGAAGGUUUCUGAAUGUUUUGGAAGUCGAACAGACUUCCGGAACAGAUUCCGUUCGACUUCCGAGGUAUGACUGCACAGAAAUACAAUGUUCUGCAAGCUUCUGUUGGAGUGGUGGAUUACUUGGUUUAAGUAAAGACAAGUCAUUCAAGCUUGUAUCGUGAAUUAUUUUCCUGCCUUUGGCAGGACGUAACCUAGAGAACAUAUCUGAGAAGGAUGGUUUAGC